AUGCAUAUGACAAAGGUCACCGCCAUCCUUGCCUUCGCUGCAAGCCUUGCCGCCGCCGCCCCGGGUGCCAAGCUUGCCGUUCCGGAGAAGCGCCAAACCACCGAGUUCGGUCCCUAUCCCGAGGACAGUUAUCAGGGCAAGGCGAACAGCAAGCGCCAGACUACCGAGUUCGGCCCUUACCCUGAAGACAGCUACCAGGGUAGGGCGAGCCAGAGGCGCCAGACGACCGAAUUUGGUCCCUACCCCGAGGAUAGCUACCAGGGACAGGAGAAUGGAAAGCGUCAGACUACAGAAUUUGGUCCUUACCCUGAAGAUAACUACCAGGGCAAGGACAACCAAAGACGCCAGACGACAGAGUUUGGCCCGUACCCUGAAGACAGUUACCAGGGCAAGAGCUCGAAGCGACAGACCACCGAGUUUGGGCCCUAUCCCGAGGACAAGUAUGAGGGAAACAGCAUCAAGGAGAAGCGUCAAACCACAGAGUUUGGCCCCUACCCCGAAGACAAGUACGACAGCAACAGCAUGAAGGAGAAGCGUCAGACUACGGAAUUCGGACCCUAUCCCGAGGACAAGUAUGAGCGCAACAACAUGAAGGAGAAGCGCCAGACAACCGAGUUUGGUCCUUAUCCAGAGGAUAAGUACGAGAGCAGCAACUCCAAGCGUCAAACGACCGAGUUCGGACCUUAUCCUGAAGACAAGUACGAAGCCAAAAACUCUAGACGCCAGACCACCGAGUUCGGACCCUACCCGGAGGAUAAGUACGAGAGCAAGAACUCCAAGCGCCAGACCACCGAGUUCGGACCCUACCCGGAGGAUAAGUAUGAGGGUAACGGCAAGAAGGAGAAGCGCCAGACCACCGAAUUCGGACCCUAUCCCGAGGACAAGUACGAGGCCACCGACAAGAAGGAAUAG